AACACUGACUGGAAGAUUAUUCCACAGCUGGGGGCUUUGUAUGAGAAGGCUCUACACCCUGAUUUAACUUUAUUAAUUCUAGGUACUAAUAGUAAGCCAGCACCUUGUGAUUUAAGUAGGCAUGAUGGUUCAUAAUAAGAGAGACGUUCACUCAGGUACAAGGUGUGAGGCCAUUUAGGGCUUUAUAUGUUAGCAAAAGAAUUUUGUAAUCAAUGCAAAAUUUAACCGUCAACCAGUGUAGGUUUGAUUAAAACUUGGCUGAUAUGGUCAAACUUUCUGGUUCUUGUGAGGACUCUGGCUGCAGCGUUCUGGCCUAACUAAUGCUUAUUAAGGCUUUUACUGGAACAUCCAGACACAGGGCAUUACAGUAAUCAAGUCUUGAGGUAAUAAAUGCAUGAACUAGCUUUUCUGCUUCCUGUAGAGACAAUGCGUUUUUUAAUUUAACAAUAUUGUGGAGAUGCAGGAAAGCUAUUCUAGCAAUAUUUGUUAUAUGUGCAUUGAAGGACAGAUCAGGAUCUAUCGUGACAUGUUAGACAGAUCGUUUUUAGCAGCUUUUGGACCAAGAAGAAGAACCUCUGUUUUAUCUAAGUUGGGUAGGAGAAAGCUACUCGACAUUCGGUCUUUUAUGUCUUUUACACAGUCCUCAAUCUUAUUGAUGCCGUGUUUACUGAUAAUGGUACCCAGUGGUAGCAUAUAUAAUUUGAAAAAAGAGGUUCUAAAACAGAGCCUUGUGAAACACCAUACUUUCUUUUGCCAGAAUACAUUUACAAACUGAUAGUGAUCAGUUAGGUAAGAUCUGAACCAGGAAGAAGCUGUUUCUGUCACUCCUACAAGGUUUUCUAGUCUAUCUAGUAAGAUAGCGUGGUCUGUCGUAUCAAAUGCUGCACUAAGAUCAAGGAGGACUAGCAAAGAUACAUUUCCUUAGUCAAAGAAUAAUAAGAGAUUGUUUACAAUUUUCACUAGUGCUGUCUCUGUACUAUAAUGAGGCCUAAAUCCAGACUGCAGUUUUUUGUGUAUGUGAUUCCUAUGCAAGUAGAAUUUAUUUGUUGUGCCACAGCUUUCUCCAAAAUCAUUGAUAGAGAGGGAAGAUUUGAGUGAUGUCUAUAAUUUGAUAGCUCACUGGGAUCAAGAUCAAGUUUCCUAAUCAGAGUUUUAAUUAACGCUAAUUUAAGAGUUUUUAGUAUAUAGCAAAGGCUAAGAGAAGAGUUUGUAAUUGAUAAAAAAGGCUUGUUUAUUUCUGGUAAAAUUUCUUUGAGUAAACUUGUCGGAACUGGAUCUAGUAUGUAGAACGUUUUGAUGAGGAAAUAAAUUUAACCAGCUCAGUUUGUUGAAGUAAGGUAAAGGAUUCCAGCCUCUUUGCAGCAGUAACACUGUAGUCAAGAUCUAGAUUUGCUGUGUCUGGCUGUAGGUUUGUAGCAGUUAACUGUGCAUUUUGAUUUUUUUGCCUAAUUGUUUCGAAAUUAUUAUUGAAAAAAAUAAUUAAGCCACAUUGUCUAAAGUAGAAUGAAAAGUUUCCUUUAAGCACUCAGUCAUAAUAUUAAAUUCUGUAGGAUCUGAUGGACAGCUGAUGAAAGCUGUUAGAUCUGAGAGGUUUUUGAGAACCUAUUAAGACAAAAGAGAAUUUCAUACGAGGUUAGGUAUAAAUGCCUUACUUAGUGGAUCCUGAGGUUUGUCAAAGUGGAUAUUAAAAUCUCAGACAAUUAUUACUUCAUUUGAGAGCUUUAAUAAACUUGAUAGAAAGUCAGCAAAUUCCUGUAGGAAUUCAAAAUGGGGCCCUGAAGGCCUCUAGAUUGUAAUUAGUGAAAAUGAAUCCUUAUUUGUUCCUCGAUCUUCUAAAAUAACAAAAAGAAUUCUAAAAGAAGAGAAUUUGUAGCCUGUCUUCUGAUUAAUGCCUAAAGCAUUUGUAUAAAUGGUUGCAAUACCUCCAUCAGCCAUUUCAGUAAGGGCUAUGUACAUAAUUGUAGCCUGUGGGGGUGGCUUCAUUUCCAGCAAGUAUUCUUCAGGUCUAACGCACGUAUGUAAGGCAUAGAGCAUCACACUCAUAACCAGUAACGUUUGUUUAUAACGACUGCUUUAGAUGUAAGAGAUCUAAUGUUAAGCAAGUUUAAUACCAAAGGUGCAGAAUGGUUGAACUGGUCUAACGUUGAUUAAAAUAAUAGAACAAACUUUUCGAGGUUUUCUGAAAUUUUGUUUGAGUUGGGGAACAGACACUGUCUCAAUUAAGUGGAACCUCUGUGGCAUCUGAAGGCAGCUAGCAGACAGUCGGUUUAGCCAGACUGUCUGCUGCCUAGCCUUGGCCGUGGUUUGUCAGAGAUAUUCACAGUGUUAAAAAUCCAUAAUGGGGUUCUGGAAAAUAGCAUGAAUUUAGUUUGCUUUGCAUUUAAAACUAGCUUAUGCUUAUACAGACCAAUCUGUAAGACAUAGAAAGCACACUGAAGUUUUUCUACUGCUGCGUAAGUCGAACGAUAUAGAAUAGUGUAAUCUGCAUAUCUGCACAUGCACUUCGCAGUCAGAGGCAAAGGCAGCAAGAUCAUUAAUAAGUAAAUUAAAUAAGACUGGGACAAGUAUUGAAUUUUGUAGGACCCCUUUAAUGACUAAAUUAAAUUUGAUUUGUUGUUAGCCAGUACCACAUAUUGUUGCCUACCUGGGAGGUAGUUUUGAACACGGCUAGCAAAAGCGGUUGUAUCUGGUUUGUUUAGUUGCAGUCUCAAAUCAGUGCUAUCAGGUAUGACUGGCUACAGAAAAAGAUACAUUAAAAGUUUAGCAGAGCUGUUUUUGGUCAGGUCAUACAUUGGUCAGGUCAUACAUUGUCAGCUAGUGUGAUACAGGUUGAAAUAGGGAACAAGAUGUUUUUAAAGAGAUCAUUACCUAACAGACAUUUUGAGUAUUAAAAGACUUAAUUAAGAGUUAGUGAUCAAACAAAGAUAAUAAUCUGACUUGGCAAUUCUAAUGAUUGAAAUACAUGGAUUAACUCCCUAAACAAGAGUCAGUAGUCUCUAUCCCCUGGCAACAGUCCAUGCUUUAGUUCUUACUUUAAGCAAUGAGCAAAUUUCAGCAGUAAGCCAGGGACUGGAUCUAUCUUGUAUGCAAUUUUUUUUUUUUGUAGGGGGUAUGUUUGGUUCUCGUCUAGUUUGUCGUCUGAAAUUUGAGAUGUACUGUGAAUUUCACUCAAUGCUAAGUCAUGAAGAAAGUUUUGCCCAAUAAAAUGAUUAAUAUUAUUGCAGUCUGAAAAGUAUCAGUCAGAGUUUCCAGUUUAAAGAAUUUGCUCUUGAAUUUAGAGUAGAGAUUGUAAAUUCAAACUGUGUUUUUAGUAGUAUCUGUUGCAGUAAAAGAUGUAAUAUUAUCUGGUGUAGGGUUCAACUAACUGUCUUCUCUCUCUACAGUUCCUGAGAGUUAGAACUGUCUCUGGCAGCACCUACUUUUGCCACACAGGGAUGUCCUUCAAAGGUCAGAUGACUAAUCGCUUUAUGCUGGUGGAUUGUAGAAUUGUUCUGAGUGGCAACUACAGCUUUAUGUGGUCUUUCGAGAAGAUUCAUCGCUGCAUAGCUCAUGUAUUUCUUGGAGAGCUUGUGGCGACCUUUGAUGAAGAGUUUCGAAUUCUGUAUGCCCAGUCAGAGCCACUGGUUACUGAAAAUCCCAAGACAUAUGCAGAAGAUUAUGGCAAUUUACCUGGAAGACACAAUAUAGGAAACACUCCUAUAUUUAAGAGAGAAUAUCCACCCACUGAAGAACAUGCAGAAUGGCUUGUACGUUCAUUUGAAGACGAAAUGAAUGUACACCCCAAAAUGUUAGCCUUUAGGAGAGUUGAAUCAAUCCGCAGUUCCGCAGAUGAGCCUCUUCCAGCACAUGCCACAAAGCAAUUUGGAAGGGAGCGUUCUUACAUGGACCAAAGAAGACUGAUGAAAGUCCCAAAAACUAAGGAAAUGGGUGGUUUCAAAAGGCAUGGGUACACAGGACUACCAAGUUAUCCUCAAAUGAAUGCAGUAAACAGAGAGGAGCAGCAUAUUGAGGGUUUAGAGAUUCAGAGUGCCCACUUUCCAAGGGAGCAGUUUUUCAAUCAGAGGACAAGUCUAGAGCCUGGCAAUGAUGCAUAUUACAAAUCAAGAGACCACAAGUUCCAUCAAUUAGAUCAGGUCCCAGGACCUGAUUUUCCUCAUGAGAUGGAUGAUGCAGAACUGCCCGGUGAUUAUGAUCAUGUCCAGAGAUACUUACAUUCUUGUCCUGGUAUGGAGGCAGCACCUGCUGGGAAUUUAUUAUUGCCUGUUCAUUCGACUCCCAGAAGACACAGUAUGGGCCAAAGCUACACUUGUCAGACCUCACCAACACAGCCACACCCACCAGAUCAGAAAUAUUUUUUUAAUGUACACCACAAACGACAAGACCAAAAAGAAGGAUUACGAGAUUGGAGGAUCAGCUCAUAUCUCACUGCACUUCAGCACCCAGAACAGGAAGACAUGGCAGAAUUUCAGAGAACUGAUUUUUGUGAUAAUGUCAGCUAUGUCAUGCAGGGAAGACCCCGUGAACCUGAAAUUUCAGAGACAAGACAAAACAAUAGUGAGUUUACCAAGGCUCCUACUUCCAAAGUGAAUCUUUUACCUCUUCAGCCCUUGAACCCUUUAACACUGCCUGAGAAGUCACUUGACCUUCCAGUAGACUACCAGACAUUACUGACAAGUGCCAGACCAACCCCACCAACAACUUCAGAGUCAUCAUGUAAUACUGAAGGUGACAAACUGGAAGAGAUGCAAAACAGAGAACCUAAAGAAAUUAAUUCAAUUCGUGAAGAAUUUGUCCGAAGGAGGCCCAAUCUAGCUCUCCAGAGAAGUUCAAGAUUAAGGCACUCACUCAUUUUUAACUCUAAUCUAGAACAGCACUCUUCAGAAGACUUAAGACAUCCAUUGAGCCAGGAUGAUAGGGAUAACCAAUUGAAACAUCCCCCUGUAUUUUUUAAUAUCCUAGAGAAAAAGAGACCUGUCACAAAGGAACCUUUUCAAUGGAGUAGUCUUGUAAAAUCUUGGGAAUCAUCUUCUGAUUCUGCACUAAGGACAGACUCUAAAGACCUACCCAGCAAAGAGGAAAUUUCUGAGGGAGAUAAAGGUGAGACUACUGACAUUCUUCUAAUAGAUUCUGAACACAAAGGAAGCUCUUCUCAGAGGGUACAACCUCAAGAUGCCCUUGCACAAAAUCCACAAACAACUCAGCGCCCUUCUGUUGCUUUGCAGAGGUCAGCAUCCUUCAUAGACAUGAAUGACCCUGAAUGUAGACUGAGAUAUUUCAAGGAGUUAGCUGCAAAACGCAAAACUGAACUUGCACUAGCAAAAUUGUCUACCGAAGACAAACCGUCCAAAGAGCCUGUUAAGCCAAAUAAUUCCCUCUCAAGUGACACAGUUGGAAAAGAGCUUGCUUUAGAGGCCUUAAAAACUCCACAGGCUACAACAGCCAUGCUACCUACUUCUCCACAAAAACUGGCUGCGGGCAAUUCUCAGGACUCUAAAACUAAAGCACCUUGCUCACAAAACUUACCUGAUAAACACCUGAAGCACAAAUUAUCCUCUGAUUGCAAGAUGACACAAGAAUGUGACAGUUCUUGUAGAGCAAUUCCUACAAGUGCCACAGAUGCUGAGAAAAUUAAACUAAAGCAACAACUAACUGACUCAUUCUCAAAUACAGUAGAAGACAAAAGUGCCUCUGCUGCAAGUUCAGGAGUACAGUUAAGUACAAAUCCCAAACUUACAAGCCAGCUGAGUCCCAUUCGAAAUGUCUUCUCACUAGACUUUAUAUCUCCACAGGCUAAAUUACCCAAAGUUACUGAUUCAGGUGCUUCCAGUUCAUCUGUACACACAGAAAAAAAUGUAAAACUCAGUCCAGCAGACUCCAUUUCUUCCCAGGUUGUGACAGGUGCAAAUGUGUCCCUUCAACCCAGCAGCACAGAGCAAAUCUCUGCUGAUUUGUCACUAACAAAUGCUGUUGCAGCAAACCCAAACACUUGUCAACAUCCCACUGGAACAGAGACAGGCCUUUCCAAACAGCCUGUUCCAGCAGAGGCCAGACCUUCCCAGCAUUCUACUACAGCAGAGACGGGCUAUGCUGAACAGACGGACACUUCUCAGCAUACCAUUGCAAAAGAGACUGGACUUUCUCAACAUCACUCCGCAAAAGAGACUGAUUCUUUCCAACACACCACUUCAGAAGAGAUUGGUGCUUUCCAACAUCACACUGCAAAAAAAAACGUUUCUUCCCAACAACUCCCAGCAAAAGAGACUGGUCCCUCCCAACACCGCACUGCGAAAGACAUUUUUUCCCAACAACUCACUGAGUGUUCCCAACCCCUCAAUGCAGACCCUGCUAAACAUCCCACUGAAAUGGGGCCUUCCCAACAUCUCUCUUCAGUGGUGACAAGUCCUUCCAAAUCAGAUUCUUCCCUUUAUUCAGACCCAUCUAAACCUUGCCUUCAUUCCUGCACUAAUUUAUUAAGCACUAGCCCUCCAGCACCAUCUGCACAAAUGCAAACUAUGUUGGGCUUUGCAGGAGAAAUCACUCUAAGUAUUUUCCCCAUUUCUAAGCCACAUGCUUCUACCUCCUCUUCUAGUUCUAACAUAAAAGAUUCUAACCCUCUUACUGCAGUGGCACACCCACCAUCCACAACCAACAAAACAAACACCAUACCUAUCACAGGACUUCUGUCAUCAGAGACUACCCUACCUAGUAACAUCAGUGAAGUAGAGUUUGGUUCAUCCCAGAAUGCCACUGCAACAGGAACUGACUUUAUUUCUGAAUCAUCCACAAAAAAGAACUGCUUGUCUGUAAAUACGUCACUCAACACCACACUCAAUGAUGUCAGUCAAAAAGACAUGAACUCAGCAAACAAACCAUCACCAAAUAUUUUAUACCUAACCAAGCAAAAUUCUCUGAACACUGGCUCAAUUACCACUCCUCUGCCAGAAACUAGUUCAAAUCUAAGCCUGACGUUAACAGAAACCACCCCAGCCAGAAGCACCUUGCAAACAGAGAAAUGCUGUGGGCAUACUACAUCUGAUUUGUUUCCUUUACCACUUAACACAGUCUCAUUAGAGAGAAACUCAUCUAACAGUAGUAUGCCAUCAGAAACUGACUUGUGUGCAAAUGUUACAAUAGAGACUAUUUCUGUUGCCAGGCCUACUCAAACAGACACAAGCCCAUCUACAGAACACAGUCCAGUAGAAACUAGUUCAUGUAUAAAAAUGACUUCUUCACUUAUUGAUUCUACUCCAAGAGAAAGUAUGUUUCCAGAAACUGGCUCAACAACAAACAGUACAAAGAAAGAUGUCAGGACAUCUCAAAACAAUAGCCUGACAAACAUUAGCUCAUUGAUGAAACAUUCCCAAUCUCAUCUUUUUACAAACUGUAACCCUCCAGAAUGUAGCUCAACUGCUCAGUCUUUUCAAAAAGAUUCUUCUGUGGUGUCAGGUGAGAUCCAAACAGUAACCCCCACACAGUCCCUUGUUGACACAGCUCCACUUAAUAAUGACAUUAACCCUACCUCUUUAGUUAGUCUACCUUUAGUGACAGACAUUCUAAGCUAUACUUCACCAGAGGCCUGCCAGCCUGUAAAUCAGUUAGCAGCAGAGAUCCAGACAGCUCUGGACAUCACCCAAUCAGCCUCACGUUUACCACAUGACCCUGAAUCCAAGGGAAGGACAGACGAAGAUCAGAGCAAGGAGUUCACAAAAGAACAAAAGCAGAUGCAAGAGGCAUCAGUUGACUUUGUGAGGCAUGUGGCCGUGGAGGUUCCUAUUGACCUGGGCAAUGAAAAGGUAGAUAAUAUAAAAGAAACUGCAACUGGAAAAAGUGCUGAAACCAAUAAUGCUGAGCAGUCUCAGGAACCACAGCCAUGCACUGACGCAUUAAAUCUGCAGCCUCCUGCUGCAGAAAAGCCUACCCACCAGUCCUCCACUGUAAACGUUCUCUCAUGCAGCAACCUUAGGGAUGACACUAAGGUCCUUUUAGAGCAGAUAUCAGCAAAGAACCAGGGCAGAGCAUCAAAGAUGACUGGUACUUGUGAUGCUAAGGACAAUGGGGCUAAUGGAAACACUCAGACAGAUAAACAGAUGUCCAGUGAUCUACAAAGUAGGUCCCAGACUUGGUCCUCCACAGCCUCACCUGAGGAGCGGGAAAAAUUGCUUAAAAGGAUGGAGAGCAUGCGGAAAGAGAAAAAAGUUUACAGCCGUUUUGAGGCACCGUAAUUUGGAAGUAAUGAAGAGGAAUGGUACAGUUAAACUGUACAGGAAAACUGUAUCAGAUUGCUUCAGAGAUUUCAGCCUUUGUAAAAAAGUACUAACAUUGAACUAUGCAGAUAAACUGUAUGACUAACAGCUGCAGGGCCUUUUAAUGUUGGAUUUUAAGUUCACAGGCCACUAAUAAACCAAAAAUGUGUAAAUAGCUAGAUACUGUACAUGAUUACAUAACUCAGUCUCUGGGGUACUGUUAGCAGUUAGAAAGUGUGUAAUUAAACAGAGGGGUCUGACCUCAAAAGGGGCUGUCUUUAUGUUGCUCUGAACAGUAGUGUCCACUAACUGCAAGUGCCGAUAUAAUCCAAGUAUCUACACUCAACGAGCACUUUAUUAGGUACACCUGUACAUAGGGGUGGGAAUCUCUAGGCACCUCACGAUUUGAUUUGAUUACGAUUCAGAGGGCUGCGAUGCGAUUAUAAAACGAUUAUCGAUGCAUCUUGAUGCA